UGCAAAUUAUCUCUAUUAAUGUGCAAUUGUUAAGUUGAAACUUUUGUUAUUUGCUUGCUUGGGUCCUAGGUUAGGGAGCUCAAGAUGGAAGGACCGAAAAAUGGAUCACUUGAAAAUAUGCUACGCAGAGUCUUUUUAAAGGCCUGAAUAGUUCUAAAUUUGCUCACAGGCAAGAAAAGGAGUAAUACCGUGGAAUCUUUCAAUAUCCAGUAUUACAAAGAUGGCACUACUAAAAGUCAAAUUCAACCAGAAGAAAAGGGUAAAACUAGCUCAGGGACUAUGGCUCAUGAACUGGUUUUCAGUGUUCGCAGGAAUCAUUGUUUUUAGCAUGGGAUUGUUCCUCAAAAUUGAGCUCCGGAAGCGAAGUGAAGUGAUGGACAAUUCUGAAAGCCAUUUUGUGCCCAAUUCUUUGAUAUUGAUGGGUAUAUUAUCUUGCGCCUUCAAUGCUCUUGCUGGCAAAAUUUGCUAUGAUUCUCUAGAUCCAACUAAAUUUGCAAAGUGGAAGCCUUUGCUGAAACCUUACCUGGUGUUAUGUUUCUUUUUUAACUUCUUCAUUUUUUUCAUUGCUCUGAUUUGCUUUCUCAUGAGGGGCUCUCUGGAGACAACAUUAGCAUAUGGGCUAAAGAAUGGCAUGAAGUUCUACAGGGAUACUGAUACCCCAGGAAGAUGCUUUAUGAAGAAGACAAUUGACAUGCUCCAAAUUGAGUUCAGAUGCUGUGGAAACAACGGUUUCAGAGACUGGUUUGAGAUUCAGUGGAUCAGCAACAGAUACCUGGAUUUUGGCUCCAAAGAAGUGAAAGAUCGAAUUAAAAGCAAUGUGGAUGGAAGGUACUUGGUUGACGGAGUCCCCUUCAGUUGCUGCAACCCCAGUUCCCCAAGACCCUGCAUCCAGUACCAAGUCACUAACAACUCGGCUCACUACAGCUACGACUACCAAACAGAGGAGCUCAACCUGUGGAACCGCGGCUGCAGGGAGGCACUUCUGCUCUACUACAGCAGCAUGAUGAGUUCCAUGGGUGGUGUUGUCCUCUUUGUCUGGCUUUUUGAGGUGUCUGUGAUGGUUGGUUUGCGUCUUUUGCAAACCGCUCUGGAAAGCAUCGCAAAUCCUGAGGAUCCUGAAUGUGAAAGCGAGGGGUGGCUCCUGGAGCAAAGCCUGACAGACACUUUCAAAUCUGCAUUAGAAAGUUUGAAAAAGGUUGGUAAGUUCAAUCAGGUGGAUGCAGGUGCUGAAGGGGCUGAAGGCGAAGAAGGUGGAAAGACUCCAGCCAUCACAACAGUCAGUUGAGCUUCUCAUCUGAGGUGGACUUUAUCAAAGAAAAAUGAAAAAAACGGAGAAUGUGAAUACGUACUUUAGAAAAAUGUAUAAACCAU